UACUCAAAAACAAACCAUUAUUCAUCAUCCACCGCCUAGGCUUCUUCCCACAUCCCUUUCUUCCUCAUCUUCUCCCACUCCCCAACACGCCAAUUCCUCACCAUUCAUGUUUUGUUUACUUCCACUUCUUUCACCACUCAGUUUUAAGCUCUAUCACUUCUUCAAUAUCUAAUUCUCCUGUACAAACUCUGGCCAGGUGAACAGAAUUAUCUUCAUCCAGUCAUGGCAAAGCUGGUUGUGGAGGUUCUUGAUGCAAGUGACCUGAUGCCCAAAGAUGGGCAAGGUUCAGCAAGUCCAUUCGUCGAAGUCGAAUUCGAUGAUCAACGGCACCGGACACAGACUAAGGCGAAAGAUCUCAACCCAUCAUGGAAUGAGAAGUUUGUGUUCAAUGUCUCUGAUCCAAGAGACCUUCCAAACAAGACCAUUGAUAUAGUAGUCUACAAUGACCGGAAAGGCCACAGGAAUUUCCUUGGCAGAGUCAGGAUUUCUGGUGUCUCCGUUCCCAAUUCUGAAUCAGAAGCAGCAAUCCAACGUUACCCACUUGAUAAAAGAGGCCUCUUCUCCAACAUACGCGGCGAUAUCGCUCUCAAAAUCUAUGCUUCUUAUGAUAACUCCUACUCUGUUCCACCACCACCACAAGCCAAUCCUUCUGGAGAUCCUCCCCUGCAAGAAUUCUACACUAAUAAUCUCGGCGGCGGCGGUGGUGGUGGCGACGACAUCAAGAACAACGAGAAGAAGAAGAAGAAGGAGGAGAGAAGAUCAUUCCACUCAAUUGGAACUAAUACUGGUGGUGCUCCAACUUCUGGCCCUCCACCCACUUCAUUUUCCUCUGGUUUUGGGUUUAAUUCCCAACCAAUGAAAGAAAAACCAGUGGAAACAAGGACUGAUUAUGCUCGUGCAGCUCAACCUGGUCCUCAGGUUAAUGUAAUGCAGAUGCAGGUUCCAAAACAGAAUCCUGAAUUCAAUUUAGUGGAGACUAGUCCACCACUUGAAGCUCGAUUGCGUUACAGGGGCGGUUACUGGGGAGGUUACAGGGGCGGCAACAAAACUGCGAGCACCUACGAUCUCGUCGAACAGAUGCACUUCUUGUAUGUUAAUGUAGUGAAGGCCAAAGAUCUUCCUUCAAUGGAUGUGACUGGAAGUCUUGAUCCAUAUGUUGAAGUAAAGCUUGGGAACUACAGAGGCAUUACAAAACACUUACAGAAGAAUCAGAAUCCAGUAUGGAAGCAAAUUUUUGCUUUUUCAAAGGAGAGGUUGCAGGCUCAUUCUCUUGAGGUUGUGGUGAAGGAUAAGGAUGUGGCGAAGGAUGAUUUUGUCGGCCGAGUCACCUUUGAUCUUUCGGAGAUUCCGCUUAGAGUUCCGCCGGAUAGUCCAUUGGCUCCACAAUGGUAUAAAUUGGAAGACAAGAAAGGUGAGAAGGUUAAAGGAGAGAUCAUGCUUGCAGUCUGGAUGGGUACACAGGCUGACGAGGCAUUUCCUGAAGCUUGGCACUCUGAUGCUCACUCUGUACAUCAUGAGAACCUCUCUAAUACUCGUUCACAGGUCUAUUUCUCACCUAAGCUCUGUUAUCUCCGUAUUCAUGUCAUUGAAGCUCAGGACCUUGUACCUUCUGAUAAAGGCCGGGUUCCUGAUACUUAUGUGAAGAUACAAUUAGGAAACCAAGCCAGAAUCACUAAGCCUGCACAGAUUAGAUCUGUGAAUCCUGUAUGGAAUGAUGAGAUACUGUUAGUAGCUUCAGAGCCAUCGGACGAGUUCUUGAUCAUUACAGUUGAUGACAGGAUUGGACCCAGUAAGGAUGAAAUCUUAGGGAGGCUAAUUCUUCCUGUUUCAGCUGCUACUCCGAGAUUUGACCCCCAUAAGCUGCUCCCUCUUCCUCGUUGGUUCAAUCUUGAUAGGCCUUCUCCUUUAGAAGAAUCCAUUGCUGUUACUGAGAAGAAGAAAGAACCGAAAUUUUCGAGCAAAAUUCAACUUCGACUUUGUUUAGAUACUGGUUAUCAUGUCCUUGAUGAGUCUACACAUUUCAGUAGUGAUCUUCAGCCAUCAGCAAAACACCUCAGGAAGCCAAGCAUUGGAAUUUUGGAACUGGGUAUCUUGAGUGCCAGAAACCUCCUACCCAUGAAAACAAAGGAUGGUAAGAUUACUGAUGCAUAUUGUGUUGCUAAGUAUGGGAACAAAUGGAUCAGAACUCGAACUCUUCUCGACACUCUGCAUCCUCGAUGGAAUGAGCAGUACACUUGGGAGGUCUAUGAUCUAUGUACAGUUAUCACUAUCGGUGUUUUCGACAACUCUCACAUCAAUGGAAGCAAAGAUGAUGCUAAGGAUCAAAGAAUUGGGAAGGUGAGAAUUCGAUUAUCGACAUUGGAAACUGAUCGUGUAUACACUCAUUUCUAUCCUCUGUUAGUUCUCCACCCCUCUGGUCUUAAAAAAACAGGGGAGCUUCACUUGGCAAUUCGCUUCACUUGUACAGCAUGGGUGAAUAUGGUGACCCAAUAUUCCAGGCCAUUACUACCCAAGAUGCAUUACCUUCAACCUAUUCCAGUCCGCUACAUCGAUGUUCUCCGCCACCAAGCAAUGCAGAUUGUGGCAACACGGCUUAUGCGGGCUGAGCCACCACUUCGGAGGGAAGCUGUUGAGUACAUGCUUGACAUGGAUUACCACAUGUGGAGUCUUAGAAGAAGCAAGGCCAACUUCUAUCGUAUAAUGUCACUUUUCUCUGGGAUACUGGCAGUUGGUAAAUGGUUUGAUGAUAUCAGUCAUUGGAAGAACCCAGUGACAACAAUUCUGGUUCAUGUCCUGUUUCUGAUACUGGUCUGCUACCCAGAGCUGAUUCUACCCACUGUAUUCCUCUACUUGUUUGUGAUUGGGAUAUGGAAUUAUCGAUUCAGGCCGAGGCAUCCACCCCAUAUGGAUGCACGCUUAUCACACGCCGAGCGGGCUCACCCAGAUGAACUGGAUGAGGAAUUCGACACAUUUCCAACUUCAAGGCCAGCGGAUAUAGUGAGGUUAAGGUAUGAUCGGUUGAGGAGUGUGGCAGGGAGGGUACAAACAGUGGUAGGGGACCUGGCAACACAGGGGGAGAGAGCUCUGAGCUUGCUAAGCUGGCGUGACCCAAGAGCCACUGCAAUCUUCAUCUUCUUUGCAUUGGUUUGGGCAAUUUUUCUUUACAUUACUCCUUUUCAGGUGGUGGGAGUGCUUGUGGGGCUCUACCUGCUACGGCACCCAAGGUUUAGAAGCAAGAUGCCCUCUGUACCUUUCAAUUUCUAUAAGAGGUUGCCUGCCAAGACAGACAUGCUUCUCUGAGAAUAAGACUUUUGUUUGUUUACAAACAGAUUAUUUGUUAAUUCUUCAGGUACUACUGAAUCAAUCAAGUUUAAUAUCAGAAAAAAAUAACCUUUUCUACUAA